AUGGCUACCGAACCAUUUCCGCAGAACGGCAACGAUGGUCUUGCUGGAGCAGGCCAUGCCGAAGAGGAUUUUGAGCGCGUAGUUCAUAACAUGCGGAAGGCCGCUUUCGACGAAUGGCCAAAUGAGGCAGGGUUUGAGGGCUUGACUGAGGUCCGUGGCCCCGUCGGACUGAAGGUCAAGGGCUCGAUACCUGCCUGGGCUGCCGGUACACUCUAUCGCACCGGUCCUGGACAAUACAACGUCGAGGACACGCCGAAGGGAACCUUCCGCACUACGCACUGGUUCGAUGGCUUCGGUCAUUCGCACAAGUUUGAAAUUACCGCAGACCCUCACAGCACUGAGAAUCCCAUCAGAGUCGAGUAUACUUCGCGACGUCAGACCCAGGACUACGUUGCGGCGAUCAAGAAAACUGGACGACUUCCCGACGUCAGCUUUGGUCAACGCCAGGACCCGUGCGUCGGCAUAUUCGCGAAGGUCAUGAGCGUGUGGAGGCAAGGGCCUAGAAUCGAGCGAACCCCCACGUCACAGAACGUAUGCGUCGUGGUGAACGCAAACGUCCCCGGUGUAGCUCCACAGUCCACCGUCGCCCAGUCCUCGGGCCAUCGGAGUGGUAGCAAGAGCUUGUAUCUCACUACCGAUGCCCGCAUUAUGAAGGAGAUCAGUGCAGAUACUCUGGAACCAGUGGGAAUGGCCACACAACAAGCAUUAGACCCCCUCCUCAAGGGCCCUCUUAGCUGUGCCCACGCCCAGCGCGAUCCCGAGACCGGCGAUUUCUUCAACUACAACCUCGACCUCAGCCUCUAUGCAACGUAUCGGAUAUUCCGAACCAACGCAUCGAGCGGCACAACCGACAUACUCGCCACCAUCAGCCAGGGCGACAUAAAGCCCGCCUACAUCCACUCCAUGUUCCUGUCCCCUUCCUUCGUCAUUCUCUGCGUGCCAUCAACACAUCUGGGUAUGCUGGGAAUCAAGGUCCCUUGGAACGGGUGCAUCACGGAUGCCCUCGAGCCCUUUGACGAGUCCAAACGUCGCAGAUGGUUCAUCGUCGACCGCCUCGGCGACCGUGGGGUCGUAGCAGCAUACGACAGCCCAGCAGGGUUCCACUUCCACAGCAUCAACUCGUUCGAGGAGCAUGACGACUCGACUGGAGACACAAACAUCUUUUGUGACGUCGUCGAGUAUCCUACACUAGACAUCAUUCGCGCCUUUGAGAUGGAUGUCCUUCUGAAUCGAGACGGGGCCACGGAGAAGUUCUGGCGUGAUGGUAACCGGGCCGAGGAUGGCCUUCCACGACUGGCCAGGCACAAGUUCCGAGUGCCAGCGAAGGGGUCUCAGGAGACUGCACAAGGCACCGCGGAGAAAGUAUUCGAGAUCAAGUCCCCUCACGUAGGAGAACUGCCCACCAUCAAUCCAGCCUACGCUACGAAGAAGUACCGCUACUGCUACAGUCUCCCGACGCGCGGCUACAGCACCCUGCUCGAUACCAUCGUCAAGACAGAUGUGGAGACGCGCCAGACCUUGUUCUGGGACAACCCGAAGGGUCACUCGCCCGGAGAGGCCAUAUUCGUAUCGCGUCCGAGAACAGCCGAGGACGGUGAGAAGGAGCUUGACGAGGACGACGGCGUCCUGAUGAGUGUGGUAUUGGAUGGGUUCGGCAAGACGAGUUACCUACUUUGCUUGGAUGCGAAGACGAUGAAGGAGCUGGGUCGGGCGGAGUGCGAGUGGGCGGUUGCUUUGGGAUUUCACGGUCUUCACGCGCCUUCAGAUGUGCCUCCACACCCGUGA